ACGGAUACAUAGUAUUAUUUAUAUACACAAAUUCAUAACUGGAACAAAGGGUCAUAGAGGAAUAUAUAAAGAUAACAGAGAAAGUGAGUUGAGAGAUGGAAAAAUGGAUGUCUUUGGUGAUGAUACUUUUGUUGUUAAUAUGGUUGAAAACUAUGAGACAAAGCUUUGGAGUUGAAGCUGCAGAAGAAGUGACAUACGAUGGAAGAUCUCUUAUCAUCAAUGGCCAUAGAAAUAUUCUCUUCUCUGGUUCUAUUCAUUAUCCCCGCAGCACCCCUCAGAUGUGGGGAGACUUGAUAGCGAAAGCAAAACAAGGAGGAUUGGAUGUUAUACAAACGUAUGUGUUUUGGAAUCUUCAUGAACCUCAACCCGGCAAGUAUGAUUUUAGCGGCAGAUAUGACUUGGUGAGAUUCAUAAAAGAAAUUCAAAGUCAAGGCCUUUAUGUUUGUCUAAGAAUUGGACCCUUCAUUGAAAGUGAAUGGACAUAUGGAGGAUUUCCAUUUUGGCUACAUGAUGUCCCUGGCAUUGUUUACCGAACAGACAAUGAGCCAUUUAAGUUCUACAUGCAAAAUUUUACAACAAAAAUUGUCAACAUGUUGAAAGAAGAAGGUUUAUAUGCUUCACAAGGAGGUCCAAUUAUAUUGUCACAGAUUGAGAAUGAAUAUCAAAACGUCGAAAAAGCAUUCGGUACGGCAGGAUCGCGGUAUGUUGAAUGGGCCGCAAAAAUGGCAGUAGGCCUUAAUACCGGCGUACCGUGGGUAAUGUGCAAGCAAACAGAUGCUCCGGAUCCUGUGAUCAACACAUGCAAUGGUAUGAAAUGUGGAGAAACUUUUACAGGACCAAACUCUCCUAAUAAGCCUGCAAUGUGGACAGAGAACUGGACAUCAUUCUAUCAAGUGUAUGGUGGAUUGCCAUAUAUACGGUCUGCUCAAGACAUUGCGUUUCAUGUCACUCUUUUUAUCGCAAGAAACGGAAGCUUUAUCAAUUACUAUAUGUAUCACGGUGGAACAAACUUUGGGAGAACUGGCUCUGCUUAUACUAUAACAGGUUAUUAUGAUCAAGCACCGCUCGAUGAAUAUGGUUUGUUCAGACAACCAAAGUAUGGACAUCUCAAGGAGUUGCAUGCAGCAAUCAAGUCUUGUUCAACCACUUUAUUACAAGGAGUGCAGAGGAAUUUCUCCUUAGGUGAAUUACAGGAAGGUUAUGUUUUUGAAGACAAAAAUGGAGGAUGUGUUGCAUUCCUUAUAAACAAUGAUAUACGGAACAAUGUUACUGUCCAAUUCCACAAUAGUUCAUAUGACUUGCUCCCCAAGUCAAUAAGUAUCUUACCAGAUUGUCAAAAUGUAGCUUUCAAUACUGCAAAUGUAACUACAACCAGCAACAGAAGGAUCAUAACUUCAAGACAAAACUUCAGCUCAGUUGAUGAAUGGCAACAAUUUCAAGAUGUGAUUCCAAAUUUCGAUGACACUUCAUUAAGAUCAAACUCAUUACUCGAGCAAAUGAAUACAACUAAAGACACUUCUGAUUACCUUUGGUAUACUCUUAGGUUUGAAAACAAUUUAUCUUGCAGUGCUCCAAUACUUCUUGUUCAUUCUGCUGCUCAUGUUGCUCAUGCUUUUGUGAACAACACAUUCAUUGGAGGUGUGCAUGGAAACCAUGAUGUGAAGUCAUUUACAUUAGAGCUUCCGGUUAUAUUAGACAAAGGAACAAACAACAUUUCUAUUCUCAGCGUUAUGGUUGGACUUCCGGAUUCAGGCGCAUUUCUAGAAAGAAGAUUUGCUGGUUUAAUGAACGUGGAACUUCAGUGCAGUGAAGAAGAGACUCUUAACUUGAACAAUUCUACAUGGGGAUAUCAGGUUGGAUUACUUGGAGAACAAUUAGAAGUAUAUGAAGAACAAAAUAGCCGAGACGAUAAAUGGACUGAACUCGGAAAUAUCAUGAUUGAUGAAACUACUCUCACUUGGUACAAGACAACAUUUGAGACACCGAAAGGAGAUGAUCCUGUGGUGUUAGACCUUAGCUCAAUGGGGAAAGGUGAGGUUUGGAUAAAUGGACAAAGCAUUGGUCGCUAUUGGAUUUUGUUUCAUAAUUCCAAAGGCAAUCCUUCACAAUCAUUGUAUCAUGUUCCUCGGUCUUUCCUUAAAGACAGUGAAAAUAGUUUGGUUUUGUUUGAGGAAGGUGGUGGGAACCCUCUUGGUAUAUCAUUGAAUACUGUUUCAGUUACUGAUUUACAAGAUGUCUUUUCUAAGUUAUCACUUCCCACUUUUACUUAACGUUACAGAGAGAAUAUAAAACACAUAAGUAAAUCAUACUUAUAGAAUUAUAUUGAAACCUAUGCAGAUCUGGAUUGAUUCUUUGUACACCAAAAUAAUUAAUCUAAAGGAAUUUCAUUGUAAUCCAUAUAAUUCCUGACAAAAAAUUGUUAUUUAAUUGGAAAUUGAAUUUCAUUUGACCUUUCUUGAUCACUUCUGACUAUAAUUGAAAAUUGUAAUAUUUAAUCUAAAGAAAUUAUAUUUAAAAGUUUACGCAUCAACUUUUAUACACCAAAAUUUGAAGGAAAAUAAUUUAGACAUAUUUCCAAUCAAAUUAUUAUAUCUCGAUACUAUUAUUAUUGUUUAUUCCUAAAGCAUCCCCACAAAUGCUUAUAAAGUUAGAUGUAUGGAUGUAAGUGUUAAAAGUUUAUACAAUUAAUUUUUUUUUUUUAUCAAAUACGAAUUCUAUUUUUAUCAGAAAGAAGAUUCUCUUAAGGCUUACUUACAACUCUGCUAUUAAUAUUCAUUUGUGCUGGAGGUUUCUUAACAACAAUCAGAGCUGGACUAAUCUGCUUAAGGCCAGGGUUAAAAGAAAUGGCAAGGUCAUUAAGUAUUCAAUAAAGUCUUCAAUUUGGAUUGGCAUUAAAGAAGCUCAUGAAACAGUCUGAAAUAAUUGCAUUUGGAUCAUUGGGAAUGGUAGGAAUUUGAAUUUCUGGUUGGACAAUUGGCUUGGUGAAAAUCUAGCCUGCAAGUAUAAAAUUUCGGAAUGGUUUUAUUAUGCUUUAACUUCAACUGUUAGGGAUUCGUGGUCUAACAAUGCUUGGUCAAUCAAUAGUAACAUUCAAAUGGCUCUUCCUACUCUCCUAAACUCAAUUUCUAACAUAUCUAUUCCUGAGGUUGAAGUUCCUGAUGCUUUUGAUUGGAGGCAUAAAGCUAAUGGCAUUUUUACUAUUAAGGAUGCAUACAACUUGAUUCUCAAGUCGUGUCCUUCGGUUAACUGGUCAUCCUUUCCUUGGGACAAGGAUUCUCCUCCCUCACAUUCAAUGAUUGUUUGGAGAUACAUCCACCAUAAAAUUCCAACUGAUGAAAACCUGAUGCAGCGUGGUUUUUCCUUUCCUUAUAUGUGCAGUCUUUGCUUAUCCCAUCCUGAAAAUUCUGAUCACAUAUUAUUUGAAUGCAAAUAUGUGAGGAACUUAUAGCAGUGGCUUGGUAACAUUCUUCAACUGAAUUUCUCCAUAUAUUGCCUUGAGGAUUGCAGGAAGAUUCUUGAUCGUAACUGGUCUCCUCAGGCAAAAGCUGUGGUUAAUGCUAGCAUUGUGUGUAUUUUCUAUCAAGUUUGGAAUGCUAGGAACAAGGCCAGAUUUAAGGACAAUUGUAUUCACUAGAAAUCCUGUAUUUCUAUGGUUACUGCUCAUGUGAAGCUGGUGAGUAACAAUUCUAACAGGAUAUCCAACUCUUUUAUCUCCAACUUCUCUAUGCUCAAAAGAUUUAACAUCACUCUAAAUCCUAGUAAAUCUUUGACUACUGUGGAUGUCCUUUGGUCUCCGCCGAAUCUUGGUUGGGUGAAAUGCAAUAUUGAUGGCGUUGCAUCUGGCUCUCCUUGGAGCUCCGCGUGUGGAGGCAUUUUUAGUGACCAUGAUGCGAACCAUGUCCUUAGUUUCAGUGCUUUCUUGGGUAGCGAAUCCCCGGAAUCUGCGGAAUUCUUAACAGCUAUUAUGGCCAUGGAAAUGUCUAAGAAAUUAAAUCUUUCUAAGUUUUGGUUAGAAUCUAACUGCAUGCUUCUUGUUAAAGCUUUCAAAGACCAUAAUUUAGUGCCUUGA